UAUUUCUCUUACCAGGAUAUGAGCACUGGAAAGGUCAAGUGAUGACUGCAGAUGAACUGCAAGUCCUGUACGAGGGGAUCAAGCUCAACAACGUGAACCAUUACGACUAUGUGCUCACAGUGUGUGAUCCGGUGCUGGGUGAUAAUGGCGCAUUGUAUGUUCCCAAGAACCUGCUUCCCAUCUACAGGGACAAAGUAGUUCCGGCUGCUGACAUAAUCACUCCCAAUCAGUUUGAAGCAGAGCUCCUCACUGGUAGAAGCAUAAGUACAGAAAAAGAUGCAGUUGAAGUGAUGAACCUGCUGCAUUCGAUGGGUCCAGACACAGUGGUCAUCACCAGCUCUGACCUGCCCUCUCCUCUGGGGGAUCAGUAUCUGGUCGCCCUGGGAAGCCAGAAAAGAGUGAGAGCAGAUGGUACCAUGGUGACCCAGCAGAUCCGUAUGGACAUCCCCAGGGUAGAUGCUGUGUUUGUGGGAACAGGAGACCUGUUUGCUGCGAUGCUGCUGGCGUGGACACACCACCACCCAAAUGAUCUCAAGACGGCCUGUGAAAAGACUGUUUCCGUCAUGCACCAUGUCAUUAAAAGGACUAUUACUUAUGCAAAAGAGGUGGCCGGUCCUGAUCGAAAGCCCAGUCCUGCUCAGCUUGAGUUGCGGAUGGUCCAGAGUAAAGCAGACAUCGAGGAUCCUUGCCAUAGUUUUGAAUGCUGUUGUAUUGUAGUGCUUUACUCCUACAUUCUGUACUAGACAAUAUGAAUGUCAUAUUCAGCAGCUAGAGUUUACAGUCACACUGUGAAUGCCGGAAUGCUCAUAUUUUAUGCUGUAGUGUUAUAAAUUCUUUUAUAACAAUAAUGUACUUAGAAUUGAAACUGUGACUUCUGGUACUUUAUAGUGCAUUAAUGCAGGUACUGUGUCCAAAAACUAACAUGUGACCUUAUUAUCUUCACAUUCCAGCCAUAAUGUGCAUGUGACUAUCCAUCCAUUACUAGUAUUUUACAAUGAUUUCAUUAUGCAUGUGUCCGAAUUAAGCAUUUAUAAUGAUCUUUUACAUUAAGAAAAUGUAUUUAACAUAUCAGUGUUGUCUAACAUUUGAUUUGAUUCAGUCUAUGUUAUACUUAAAUAUAUUAUUUGAUCCGUUAGUUCUAUUAUUUCAUCAGAAUGACUGUACAAGCCCAGUCAGGCCAAGUUUGAGAAAAUUGUCUAUUAAAAAUGUCUAUUAAAUAAUAAAAAGGAAUUGUCUGUACUGAGAAA